CUGUGAUAAACCAAUCAGAUGCAAGUGAUGUCCGAAUGCACUUCUAUCAUUUCGGAGGGUCUUGUAAAUAAACUGCACACUGAGAAAGGUGAUUCUGGAAGUCUCAUCUCGGUUCCACGGUGCAGUUCUGGACAUGGCUGAACUAAGCACCACAAUAUGGCAUCAGCUGACGGUGUGUAGUCGCGUUCUCUGCGACAUAGGGCUCUUGUUGCGAUAGAGCUUCAGAGUCAUCUGGGGUCAGCAAGAAGGCAUUCAUGGCUGAAUAAACUCGAACUGUUCACCUCAAUGGAGUCGUGAUUUAUGUCCUCAUUCUUCUGUUUCAGGCGUACUGCUGACGCAGUCCCCUCUACUAUGUAGAAACCUCCAGUUCAUACUGGUGAUACAAUGUCGUCGGGCUUAUGGAACCAAGAGAAGCCCAACACCAGCUUCUGGGAGGACCCCAAGUUUUAUAUUGUACUGCAGGAAUGCUUACUAGAGAAGCAGCCACAGAAGUAUGUAAAAAUCCCCCGUGGUAGCAUUGGUCAGGCGUGUCAGGAGCAUUCCUCUCUUGGAAGGCCCAUUCCGACCAACAAAGGAAAGAAGAGCUUGAAGAUCUUGGACCAGACCAAUGUAACCCUAAGCAUUGAUGAAAAGGACGUCACUGAAAUUGAUGAGAAGCUGUCAGAACUGCUCUUUGCCAUCACAAACUGUGAGGAGCGUUACUGCCUCUUUAAGAACAAGCCACGGCUGGAACGAGCCCGGGAAAUAGACUGCGGGUCCAAGGUGCGAGUCCUGCUGCGAUCAGGGGAUGACAAGCUCCCGGGGGUCGUUCGGUAUAAAGGACCCUUGAUGCCAGAGCGUGCCCUGUUGGGGAUUUGGUUUGGAGUUGAGUUAUUGGAAGAAGGAAGAGGCCACGGCUUCACAGAUGGAUCCUAUCAAGGCAAGCAGAUCUUUCGCUGUGAGGACGAGUGUGGCGUUUUUGUCGCUUUGGACAAACUUGAACUCUGGGAGGACUAUGAGGAAGAUGAGGAUGAGGAAGAGGAGGAAGAAGAGGAAGACCAGGAUGUGGAAUCUGAUCAUGCUCCUCUAGUAGACCCCAGAGACCCAGAAUAUUUUACUCUGGAGAUAAAUUCUAGAGUGUUGGUGAAACUUCAGGACGGGUCUAAAGAGUAUGGCACAGUUAUCUACUGUGACAUGCUGAGCCUGAAUGAUGGCUAUGAGUACUUUGUGGGUGUAGACAUGGACCAUCCCAUUGGUGAUUGGAAUGGCUUUAUCAACGGCAAGUUGGUGUGUAAUUUUGCCAGCAUGGAAUACACUCGUCUUGUACCCUUCUGUGAUGUGAUUCCAGUUACAGAGUUUUCAAUGCAGGACCAGCACUUACAGAAGCAUGGCUUUGCACCCAGGGGAAGUGGAGAAAAAAAUAUGUCUAGUCAGAACAAACCAAAAAAUAAAGGAUUCACUCCCCAGUCUGGAAAUAGGAGCAGAUCUGAAUUUUAUUACACUUUAAAUGGCACUUCGGUUGAUCACCCUCCACAGUCCAAAUCAAAAAGCACGUGGUAUAUUGAUGAAGUUGGUGAAGAUCCAGCCAAAUCCCUAGUGGACACCUCUCCUGGCUUCAGCCCAUCAUCCCCUCCAUCCAAGGCUCCGCCUACGCCCAGCCUUUCCAGUGAGAACAAGUUUCACUCCCUGCCUUUCAGCCUGACUAAGAAAAUGGGUUCAAAUGGCAGCAUUGGGCACACACAGUUAUCCUUAUCUGUCCAGUCUGUCAUGGGGGAUGGCCAUGUUGCUGCCGGACCUGAAACUGCUGUGAUCACCGUUCCAGUGCGAAACCAGUUUGGUCUUGAGGUGGGAUCUCUAGUGGAAGUAAAGGAAAACCCCCCUCUUUAUGGAGUGAUUCGCUGGAUUGGACAGCCCCCAGGUCUCCAGGAGCCUCUUGCAGGACUAGAACUGGAUGAUGAAAGUGCAGGCUGCACUGAUGGAACGUUUAAGGGUUCUCGAUAUUUCACCUGUGCUCCCAAAAAAGCCCUCUUUGUUAAAUUGAGAAGCUGCAGGCCAGAUUCCAGAUUCCCCCCAUCCCAUCAUUCUUCUAAUCAAAUUGAGCGCUGCAACUCAAUCGCCUUUGGUGGGUAUUUGAGUGAAGUGGUAGAACAGAACACUCCUCCCAAGAUGGAGAUGGAGGGCUUGGAGGUGAUGGUGGGAAAGAAGAAAGGUAUUCAGGGUCACUACAACUCCUGCUACUUGGACUCCACUUUAUUCUGCCUUUUUGCCUUCAGUUCAGUCCUUGAUACCGUGUUGUUGAGACCGCGAUCUAAAAGUGAUGUGGAAAGCUACCGGGAGACGCAAGAGCUGCUGCGAACGGAGAUUGUAAACCCCUUGCGGAUACAUGGAUAUGUGUGUGCCACCAAGAUCAUGAAACUCCGGAGAAUACUAGAGAAAGUGGAAGCUGCUUCUGGAUUUACUUCUGAAGAGAAGGACCCAGAAGAAUUUCUCAAUAUACUUUUCCAUCAUAUUUUGCGAGUAGAUCCUUUGUUAAAAGUUAGGUCAGCGGGUCAGAAGGUUCAAGACUGUUACUUUUAUCAGAUCUUCAUGGAUAAGAAUGAGAAGAUUGGUGUUCCUACUAGUCAGCAGUUACUUGAGUGGUCAUUCAUCAACAGUGACUUGAAGUUUGCAGAGGCUCCAUCCUGUCUCAUUCUGCAAAUGCCUCGCUUUGGAAAAGACUUCAAGAUGUUCAACAAAAUCUUUCCUUCUUUGGAGCUGGACAUUACUGAUUUACUUGAAGACACUCCUAGGGAAUGUCGGAUCUGUGCUGGCUUGGCUCUUUACGAGUGUAGAGAAUGUUAUGACGAUGUCACUAUCAUGCCGGGGAAGAUCAAGCAAUUUUGUGAAAAGUGCAACAUGCAGGUGCAUCUUCAUCCACAGAGAAAAGGCCAUAAGUUUGGCAAGCUUUCCAUCCCCAGGGAGCUGGUAGACAGUAGCUGGCGCCAGAGUCGCUUCCCCCAGCAGAAAAUGGAACUCUUUGCCGUGCUCUGUAUAGAAACCAGUCACUAUGUAGCAUUUGUAAAAUAUGGCUCAGGAGAUUCUGCCUGGCUCUUCUUUGACAGCAUGGCUGAUCGGGAUGGUGGGCAGAAUGGUUUCAACAUCCCACAGGUCACUCCGUGCCCGGAAGUAGGGGCGUAUUUAAAGAUGACUCCUGAGGAGCUCCAUGCGCUCGAUCCGAAAAGCAUCCAGGGAUUUGCACGAAGGCUACUGUGUGAUGCGUACAUGUGCAUGUACCAGAGUCCGUCCAUGAGCCUGUACAAGUGAUGGGCACUCGUCUUUGUGCUCUUUCGUGACUGGGGUAGUACUGACAGGUAUUUCUGUUAUGGACUUAUGUGGGCUCCUUCCCACAUGACAUCUUGCUGUCCUAUUUAUUUUUCCCAAAGUUGCUCCUUCAUUAUCUGACUGUUUGCACUGUGUGCUUGUUUGGGUUGAUGCCAUCAGUGGUCCCACGUUACCUCAUUGUUGUCUUGGAUGUUUGUCUCUCCAAGAGUGCAUUUUUUUUUU